UGUUAAUUUCGGAAAAGCUUGCUAUUAAUAGCUUUCUAGUUAGCUAAUAUUUUUUAAUAUUUUAUUUACAGCUAAGUUUCUACUCAAUAGUUGAACAUUGAAUUUUCAGGGCUUGGAAGAUCAUCUGGGGGACGUGGACUUCAAGAUUGCAGGCACAAGAAAUGGAGUAACUGCAAUUCAGUUAGAUAUAAAACCUGCCGGAAUUCCUUUAGAUAUUAUAUGUGAGUGUUUAGAGCCUGCUCUUAAGGGUCGUCUUCAAAUCCUUGACCGCAUGGAGCAAGAGAUAAAUGCACCGCGUACUCAACAUGACAGAAAUUCCCCUCGAUUAGCCACAUUGAAAUUCAGCAAUGAUGCUCUUCGUCGUUUGAUUGGGCCUAUGGGUGUUGUGAAGGAAAAAAUUGAAGAAGAAACAGGUGCACGGAUAUCUGUGGGUAAUGGAACACUUACCAUACUUGCUAAGAAUCAAUCUGUAAUGGAAAGAGCACAAGAAGAGGUUGAUUUUAUAAUUGGCCGUGAGAUUGAAAUUGGAGGAAUCUACAAGGGUGUUGUCACUUCAGUGAAAGAAUUUGGGGCUUUUGUGGAGUUAAAUGGUGGGCAACAGGGUCUUCUACACAUAUCUGAGUUAUCCCAUGAUUUGGUCUCUCGAGUUUCAGAUGUGGUGUCUGUUGGCCAGCAGCUUUCUGUAAUGUGCAUAGAGAAGGAUGUUCGUGGCAACUUUAAAUUAUCCCUUAAAGCAACUGUACCCAAACCAGGAUCUGAGGAGUAUAAGGUGGCUGAAAAAUCUAUCUCACCUACAAAGCAAGCCCCUAAUAUUUCCUCACUGGCUGAUGUAUCUGAUGAACAAGAAAGUCAAGACUCUUCUAUUUUCUCACCACCACCAAUCGUAAUUCGGAGUGCUGCAGAGUGAUGAGGAGCAAAAAUCUUCUGAAGUCAGAGUUCUUAAUUUCUUUUAUAAUCAAACAUGAAAUUUUUUAUUUUAUUAGAAUUCUCUAAUAAUGGGAUUAUAAUAAUGUUUACUUGAUUCUAAUAAUGAGAUGCACAUGUCAUUUGUUUUUUAAA